UCGGCAGAAUUAAAAGAAGGUAGAUUCGGUUACGAAGUAUGGAAAGAUUUAAAUAUAUAUUUUAAUGUAUAUUUAUUUCACGUCACUAAUCCCGAAAAUGUAAUGGAAGGAGAGAGUCCUAUUCUCGAGGAACGCGGUCCUUAUGUUUAUGACUUGAAUGUUCAGAAACGAGUGACUCAAGUUGAUGAAGAACUCGAUGAGUUAACUUUCACCGUAUACAGAUUAUAUCGCUUCAACAAGGAUGCAUCCGCAGGUUCUGAAGAUGAUGAUAUCGUUAUAUUGAAUAGUGCUUACUUAGGAACUCUUAAUACUAUAGCAUCAAAGGCUGCAGCAUUUCUUGGAAAAUUCGGCAACAGCAUACACAACUUAUUUCCUGGGACCACUGACAUGUUUACACGUGGCAAAGUCAGGAACUUAUUAUUUACAGGAAUGCCAUUGAUAUUUAUAAAGUGA